AUGGAAGAACUUCUUCACCGCGAUCCACGGUCCGCCAACCCAAGGUACUCUAUCCCUUCCCAGCGCCGACGGCAUCACCGUACUCGCUGUCUCGAACAAUUCACUCAGAUGAUGCGUCAGCUCCACGAUAGCAUGAUGGCGCGCGUCAUGGACAACAGAGCUGUAUCAGAGGCAUUCACAGUAACCAACGAAAUGAAACAGGGAUGCGUCCUCGCGUCCACCCUCUUCAGUCUUAUGUCCUCUGCCGUACUGAUGGGUGCCUACCGUGACGAACGCUCCGAGAUCCGCAUCGCCUACAGGACGGACGGCUACCUCCUCAACCACAGGCCGACGCACUUCCAAUCACGCGUACCCGCAACCACUGUUCACGAACUUCUCUUCGUCGAGGACUGCGCCCUCAACACCACCUCGGAAGGGGACAUGUGA